AUUAUGCAAUCUAUUGGUAAUCAUAAGUCAUAAUAAUUGAUACAUAAAUCUUGUGUAAGACAUACCGUACUCUUGACAACUGAUCCGUCAAUUCGUUGUAUAAUACAAUACAAGUCAAUAGUCGGUUGAAAGAUAAUGCCUGAAGACAAGUCUAUCAAUAUUAAAGACAACAACAACAAGACGGAGGAUAAACCAAAGUUGAAGCCGUGUUGUGCCUGUCCUCAGACUAAAAGACCAAGAGAUGAAUGUAUCAUCGAAAGGGGAGAAGAGAAUUGCAGAGAUCUAAUUGAAGCCCACAAACAAUGUAUGAGAAAUCUUGGUUUCAAAAUAUAGAUACUGUAUAUUAUUCAACACUUAUGUAUUUUCAUUAAAUUAAUUUAAUAAUAGGUAUAAUAAAAUAACAUU